AUUUGAUGGGAAUUUUAACACCAACGUUUCUAGAACUAUUAGCUGUGAUAGACUGUCCACCACUGUUAACAGCAGAGCCUUCAAUCCCGGGCGUGAUUUAAAUUCUGUUCUUGCGGAUAAUCUGAAGUCCAACCCGGGGAUUAAGUGGCAGUACUUCAGCUCCGAAGAAGGCAUUUUCACCGUUUUCCCAGCCCACAAGUUCCGGUGCAAAGGCAGCUACGAACACCGCAGCAGGCCUGUCUACGUUUCCACGGUCAGACCUCAGUCUAAACACAUCGUUGUCAUUGUGGACCACGGGGCCUCGGUGACGGAGACGCAGCUGCAGAUCGCCAAGGAUGCAGCUCAGGUUAUUCUGAGCUCCAUCGACGAACACGAUAAGAUCUCUGUGUUAACCGUGGCAGACACAGUCAGAACCUGCUCGCUGGAUCAGUGCUAUAAGACGUUUCUGUCCCCCGCCACCAGCGAGACAAAAAGGAAGAUGUCCACCUUCGUCAGCAGCAUCAAGUCCUCUGACAGCCCUACCCAGCACGCGGUGGGAUUUCAAAAGACAUUUCAGUUGAUACGAAACACAAACAAUGGCACAAAGCUCCAAGGAAAUACCGAUAUGGUCAUAAUUUAUCUCUCAGCUGGGAUUACAUCGAAAGAUUCCUCAGAAGAUGAUAAAAAGGCCACUCUGCGUGUCAUCAACGAAGAGAACAGCUUCCUCAACAACUCGGUGAUGAUUCUCACCUACGCGCUCAUGAACGAGGGAGUGACGGGUUUAAAGGAGCUGGCCUUUCUCCGGGACCUGGCGGAGCAGAACUCCAUGAAGUACGGGCUGCCAGACCGAACGUCCUUACCCGUGAUCAAGGGCAGCAUGAUGGUCUUAAACCAGCUGAGUAACCUCGAAACGACGGUGGGGCGGUUCUAUACGAACCUCCCCAACAGGAUGAUUGAUGAAGCAGUUUUCAGCCUGCCUUUCUCGGAUGAAAUGGGAGAUGGCCUGAUAAUGACUGUAAGCAAACCUUGCUACUUUGGAAACCUGUUGCUGGGGAUUGUUGGAGUAGAUGUUAAUCUUGCGUAUAUCUUGGAAGAUGUCACCUAUUAUCAAGAUUCCUUGGGUUCCUACACAUUUCUCAUAGAUAAUAAAGGAUACACCCUGAUGCAUCCGUCCCUCACGAGGCCCUACCUGCUGUCGGAGCCGCCGCUCCACACGGACAUUAUUCAUUAUGAGAAUAUUCCCAAGUUUGAGCUGGUGCGGCAGAACAUCCUCAGCAUCCCCCUGGGCAGUCAGAUCAUUACGGUCCCUGUGAACUCCUCGCUGUCUUGGCAUGUAAACAAGCUGAGAGAAGUUGGAAAAGAAGCCUACAAUGUCAGCUAUGCCUGGAAGAUGGUCCAAGACACGUCCUUUAUUCUGUGUGUUGUGGUGAUACAGCCAGAAAUACCCGUCAAACAGCUUAAGAAUCUCAACACCAUCCCCAGCAGCAAGCUCCUGUAUCACCGCUUGGAUCUGCUGGGCCAGCCGAAUGCCUGCCUGCACUUCAAGCAGCUGGCAACCUUAGAAAGCCCCACGGUCAUGCUCUCUGCAGGCAGCUUCUCCUCUCCUUACGAGCACCUGAGCCAACCCGAGACCAAGCGGAUGGUGGAGCACUACACCGCCUACCUCAGCGACAACACCCGCCUCAUCGCUAACCCUGGCCUGAAG